AUGACCUUUAUCGAAAACUUCGAACCGGUAUCCCUGAAGGAUACCAAUCUUUUCAAGCCAAUCAAAAUUGGAAACGCUCUGCUCCAACACCGUGCGGUUUUAGCUCCACUUACGAGAGUGAGAGCUGAGAUCCCAGGAGAUGUUCCCAGUAGAAAAUGGAGCGCUGAGUACUAUGCUCAGCGUGCAACGUUUCCUGGCACCCUGCUUAUAGCAGAAGGAACUCUUAUUUCGGCACAGGCCGGGUCAGCCGCCAGGAUUCCUGGAAUCUGGUCUCAGGAACAAGUGCAUCAGUGGAAAGAGAUUUUUGCUCGCAUUCACGAACAUCAAUCCUUCGCAUGGAUUCAGCUUUACGCUCCGGGGAGACAAGCUUCUCCCGCAUAUUUGGCACAGCAAGGCCUCCAGUAUGUUGGAGCAUCGACUGGCGUGUACAUGGAUAAUGCAUCUAAGGAAGAAGCCGAAAGAGUUGAUAAUCAACUUCAUGGCUUGACAAAGUCGGAGAUUAAGCAGUAUAUCCUGGAUUUUGUCCAUGCAGCUGAGAACUCCAUAAAAGCUGGCGCCGACGGAGUGGAGAUUCAUGCUGCCAAUGGGUAUCUUCUAAAUCAAUUUUUGGACCCAAGCUCCAAUCUAAGAUCUGAUGAGUAUGGUGGGAGUAUUGAAAAUAGAUCAAGACUUGUUCUCGAAGUGGUGGAUGCUGUUGUUGAGGCCAUCGGUUGUGAAAAAGUUGGUGUCCGCUUUUCUCCUUACGGUACAUACGGCACCAUGUCGGGAACUUCCGAUCCCAUGAUAGUAGCGCAGCAUGCGCAUGUAAUUGGAGAGUUAGAGAGGAGAGCUAGGGAAGGGAAGCGGCUAGCCUUUCUCCAUGUCGUGGAACCUCGCGUAAUUAACCCUCAUUAUGAUGAAGAUGACAAAAAAUCUUGGUACAAGGGCGGCACAAACGACUUUGUCUACUCAACCUGGGGCGGGGCGAUUAUCAGAGCAGGCAAUUAUGCGCUUGAUCCUGAUGCUGCAAGGAGAGAUGUUAAUGCCGAUAACAGGACAUUAAUUGCUUACGGGAGACUUUUUAUCUCCAAUCCUGAUUUGAUAGAAAGGUUAGAGAAAGGUUUACCAUUAAAUGCUUACGACCGCAGCUCCUUCUAUACCUUUACGGCCGAGGGAUACUUGGAUUAUCCCAAAUACCAAGAAGCGCUCAACAGUGCCUCUGUCGAUCAGUGA